AAGCCUGGGUUUCCUUUCAAUCUCAAAAAAUCAAUUGAGCGGAGAGAUACCUUCUUCGAUUUGUAAUGUUGCUUCCCUCUACUUCCUUGAUUUAUCUAAUAAUUCUCUCAAUGGAACCAUUCAUCCGUGUAUCGGAAAUUUUAGUGUCGGUCUAUUCGUGUUGAAUCUGGGUAUGAAUAAGUUGCAUGGCACAAUUCCUCAAACGUUUGUAAACGGAAAGUACUUGAGGCAACUCAUCCUUAAAGGAAAUCAACUUGGUGGAAUAUUGCCACGAUCUUUGCUCAGGUGUGGAAGUUUGGAAGUUUUAGAUGUUGGAAAUAACAAGAUAAAUGACACAUUUCCCUACUGGUUGGAAUCUCUUCCCACUCUUCAAGUUCUUAUCUUGAAAUCUAAUAGAUUUCAUGGAUACAUAGAUAGUCCCAAAGCUGCACUUCCUUUCCAAAACUUGCGAAUCAUGGACCUCUCCAGUAAUGAGUUUAGUGGUAAUUUGCCAUCAAAAUAUUUUGGGAAUCUAGUGGCCAUGAUGGAUGCGCAUACAGACCAAUUAGAGUACAUGGGAGAAGGCUAUUAUUAUUAUGAAGUUUCUGUAAGUUUGGUCAUGAAAGGCUUCACUAUGGAAUUGGUGAAAAUUCAAACGAUUCUCACAACCAUCGAUUUGUCAAAUAACAGAUUUGAGGGAGAGAUUCCAAGAUUGAUUGGGAAGCUAAAGUCACUAAAAGGGCUCAAUAUUUCACAUAAUAAAUUGACUGGUUCCAUUCCAUCAACAUUGGGUAAUUUGAGUAACCUUGAAUGGUUAGACCUCUCGUCGAAUGAGCUUGUUGGUGAGAUUCCUCAGCAAUUGACAAAUAUGAUAUCUCUUUCGGUUUUAAACCUGUCGAGAAAUAAAUUAUUUGGUCCCAUACCCAAUGGCAAGCAAUUCAACACAUUUGAGAACAGUUCAUACAGUGGAAACUUGGGAUUAUGUGGAUUUCCGUUGUCUGAAAUGUGUGGGAAUAACAAUGAGCCACAACAAUCACCAUCCUCAGACUUCCAAAAAGAAGGUAGUUGGAAGGAAACAAAUGGGUUUUAG